UUUCUUUUUUUUUUCUUUUUUUCUUUUUUUUCUUUUUCUUUUUCUUUAUUUUUUUUUAUUUUCUUUCUUUCUUUUCAACAUUUAUAUUACUUUUUGAAUGGCACAACAUUCUCCUACAUUAUUAGAAUGUCACGAAUGGGUAAUGGAACAUUGUUCCAAUUUAUUGAAUACUACUUCUGAUGAUCCUAGUGAUUGUCUUAUUGCUAUCGACAGUACUCGUAUCUUUAUUAAUGCUCUUCAAGCUCCUAUUACGGUAACUCUUCCUCUACAAAAGAAAUUAGAUAAGCUUACUCAAGUUUUACAAACAAACACAAAUAUCGCUGCUGUGGUGCAGGAAAUUCAAUCAGUAUGUCAAACUUGUAAACCUUGGUUACACUCUAUUUCAUUUGUAGAAUGUAAACCUUUAACUGGUGCUGUUACUUCUAUGUAUCGUCUCGAAUCUCCAAAGGUAAUCCCUCAUUUAUCUGCUCCUGAUUAUACUGCUAUGUGGCCAGACUUUAUGAAUCGCAAUUCUGGUUGGUUUCGACAAUAUUUUGUUGGCAAUCCUUAUGUCACUUUAGCAGGUCCUAUACAGCGCUAUGACAUCAUCUCUGCAUCCUCUUCAAAAACAACAGAUACGUCAGAACAUCAUGAUCAACAAGACGAUGACAAUUCUUAUGCUAUUGUUACUGUAGUUCAAGAGAAGCUCAAGGCUAAGCAUACUUCACCUAAUACAAAAAAUAAUAGAAAGUGUUCGUCAACAACUUGUUCUAGAACAACGACUGGCAUUCAAUAUAGACUCAUCAUACGUACCAGCAAAGAAACCAAGCGACAUACCCUUUUGGAAACAGACGUUAGAAAUACUUUGGAUUCUCUGGAAACUUGUGGACAAGGCGAUCGAUUAGAAAUAUCUUCAAUAAAUCAACAAAAAGAAAAACAGAAACAUCGACCACUUCGCAGUUUUUCAUCAGCCAUCAUUCAUCACACCACAUCUUCAUCUUCUUCUUCACCAGGACAGAGACGAUGCAACAAUGAUGAUGACGAUAAUGAUUAUAGUCCCAUUCGCAACAAAGGUCAUUACAAACGUGAUUAUUUAAAUAAUACUACUUGUCCAUCUUUACAACGACUAUUAUGUGCAACUCUUUUGUCAAUUUAUCCACAUUUGGAUUUACGUCAAUUCAAGGCAUUAUCAGCAGAAGCUACUAUCAUGGCGGGACUAGAAAAGGAACUGUUACGUUUUGAUGAAUUAGGGAUUCCAAAAAAUUACAAGUUUGGAGUAUUGGUAGUACGUGAUGGCCAAACAUUAGAAGAAAAUUGGUUUUCCAAUACUGGACUAUCAAAUGAUCUUGAACAGUUUUUAAACAUCAUUGGACGACGUAUCACAUUACAAGGCUACAAAGGCUAUGCAGCUGGACUGGAUACAAAAUGUGGUGAAUCUGGGGAAUACUCAUAUGUGACGAAUUGGAAAGAAAAUGAAAUCAUGUUCCAUGUUGGACCACUUAUGCCAUACAAUCCUCAAGAUAAACAACAAGUUCAUAGGAAACGCUACAUUGGAAAUGAUAUUGUAUGUAUCGUCUUUAUGGAAACGAAUCAACCUUCACUUUUCGAUCCUGGUGCUAUUCGAUCCCAAUUCCUACAUAUAUUUAUUGUUGUUCAUCCAGAAAUAGUAGAUGACAAGCAAGCCUGGAGAGUGGAAAUUGUAUGUAACAAAAAUGUGCAAGAAUUUGGACCUCCAAUACCAAGUCCACCACUGUUUUUUAUGGAAAAUGAAUUACGGGAAUAUCUUAUCUUGAAAUGUAAGUAGAAAAAAGAAUGAUGGAUCCACUCUUUAACUUUUUUUUUUUUUUUUAAAAAAAAAAAAUUGAUGUAGUGGUCAGUGCAGAGAACGCAGCCCUUCAAUCUGAUAAGUUCGCAAUGCCCAACAAGAAAGCAAGACAAGGGAUUUUUAAAUCGCUAGUGGAUAAGGGUCUCACAGCAUCAACACAUUCU